AUGCUUCGAUGGGAUAGAGCUUUGAAGCAGCCUUCGUCGUCCCUUGCUUGCUCGCAGCUGCACAGAGAGAGAACUGAGAUUGAGAGACUGAAAGUCAGAGAGAGAGAGACUGGGUUGAGAAGAUCGCCGACUGUUGCGAAGAGGCAGAGGUCGUCUUUCAGUGGAGAGACUAUUGGCAGCUUCCACCAGCCAGUCCCACGCGAAUGGUUGAUGCAANACCGCCUAUGGGAAUCAACUUGGUUUCUAGGAUUAAAUCCAAGUCCUGUGGCGAUCACAAGAGCAUCCAAGGAUCUUAUAGUUGAUCAGAUGCAAGAACAUCCUAACUCCCACACAGAGGGACAAAGGAACAUGCCCCUACCAAAGGUUAAAAGAUUGGAGAAAGCUAUUGAGGAUCUAAAAAGGAAAAACCAGGAUAUCUUUGAGCUCUUGGAGCAAUCUCAACCCAAGGAGCGUGUUGUAGAUAAUCAAGGGGAUGGCUUGAGUGAAGAUGAGAUGUCUCGUCCCUAG